ACACAUUAUUUCUCCAUUCCAUUCAAUUAGGGCAAACCCAUAAACCAAAUCACACCAGAAAUUAUUUGAUUUUCUCACUCGAAAUUACCCUUAGAACUCUCAGAUUCUACGUCUUCACCUCUUUCUGUAAUCCUUCCUAGUUAUAUAUAUAUACACGGAGUUUUGUGUUUAUGUAUAUGUAUAUUUGUCUACUUAGACACACAGAUACAUACGCAUCUGUUAGUUUGUACUUCAGAUCUCACAAAUUCUGAGCACAUUCAUUGUCUUUACGAGGUAGCUACUUGGAAAUUCGGGAUUAUUCUUGGAAACCUAUUUGUGAGAUUUACGUGAUUUGUGGUGAAAUUUUGGAAAGUUUUGGAUUUGCUGGGCGCCCGGUUGCAGAAUUUGGCGCUCUUGGAUGCAGUUUGGAAAUUUUGGCAUUUGAUGGAUAUUUCCCGUGAAACGUGACAUUUGGAAGAGGACGUGAUGACGGGUUUCCAACUUUAAGUGUUGUUUCAAUGAAUGAUGCAAAUGGCUGAGCAGGCUUUAUCCACAGUUCCCAAUGCGAAUGCGGAUGUUGCUUUGGCUGGCCACAUGGCUGAAAAUGCAUAUUCGCCGGUCUCUAGUAUGAAUGCAGCUGUUUCUUUGGCAAGCCAUACGCUGUCGAUUGGACAGGAGUUCCCGGAUGUUGAUACUUGUAGGAGGACAUUGAAAGAUAUAGCUAUAGCAUUACAUUUUGAGAUACGGAUAGUGAAAUCUGAUAGGAGUAGGUUCAUAGCUAAGUGCUCCAAAGAGGGUUGUCCGUGGCGUGUCCACGUGGCAAAAUGCCCCGGAGUCCCCACUUUUACCAUUAGAACACUUCAUGGGGAGCACACUUGUGAAGGGGUCCAGAAUCUUCACCAUCAACAGGCAUCCGUGGGAUGGGUUGCACGGUCUGUGGAAGCACGUGUGAGGGACAAUCCCCAGUAUAAGCCCAAGGAGAUUUUGCAAGACAUUCGAGAUCAACAUGGGGUUGCCGUCUCUUAUAUGCAGGCAUGGCGUGGGAAGGAGCGUAGUAUGGCUGCUCUGCAUGGGACUUAUGAGGAAGGUUUUAAACUUCUUCCUGCGUAUUGUGAACAGAUAAGAAAGACUAAUCCAGGAAGCAUUGCCUCCGUUGUCGCCACUGGACAGGACAAUUCAUUUCAGCGGUUGUUUGUUUCUUAUCGUGCUGCAAUAUACGGAUUCAUAAAUGCUUGUCGGCCACUUUUGGAAUUGGACCGGGUUCAUCUCAAAGGAAAGUACUUGGGAACGGUGUUUUGUGCUGCUGCUGUUGAUGCUGAUGAUUCACUGUUUCCAUUGGCAAUAGCUAUUGUCGAUGUUGAGAGUGAUGAGAACUGGAUGUGGUUCAUGUCAGAGCUGCGGAAGCUUCUUGGAGUUAACACUGACAGUAUGCCCAGGCUCACAAUCCUUUCAGAGAGAACAGUGGGAAUGGUGGACGCAGUUGAGACACAUUUUCCUAAUGCAUUUCAUGGUUUUUGUUUGAGAUAUAUCAGUGAAAACUUCCGCGAUACAUUUAAGAACUCAAAGCUGGUGAAUAUAUUUUGGAAUGCUGUUUACGCACUUACAACAGCUGAGUUUGAAAGUAAAAUCUCUGAGAUGGUACAGAUUUCACAGGAAGUGUUGCCUUGGCUUCACCAUUUCAACCCCCAGCUAUGGGCCGUGGCAUACUUUGAAGGGGUACGGUAUGGCCAUUUCACAUUGACAGUCACAGAACUAUUGUAUAAUUGGGCAUUGGAAUGUCAUGAGCUCCCUAUUGUACAGAUGAUGGAGCAUAUCCGGCAUCAGUUAAUGUCAUGGUUCAAUGAUCGCCGUAAUAUCGGGAUGAGAUUGACCUCAAUUCUUGUGCCAUCUGCUGAAAAGCGAAUUGCAGAAGCUAUUGCUGAUGCUCGCUGUUAUAAAGUACUCCGUGCAAAUGAAGUUGAAUUCGAGAUUGUGUCAACUGAGCGGACAAACAUUGUGGACAUAAGGAGUAGAGUCUGCUCAUGUCGCCGCUGGCAACUCUACGGUCUGCCAUGUGCACAUGCUGCUGCUGCACUUAUUUCUUGUGGGCAAAAUGCUCAUUUGUUCGCUGAGCAUUGUUUCACUGUUCACAGUUAUCGGGAAACCUACUCACAGAUGAUAUAUCCCAUUCCCGACAAAAGCCUUUGGAAGGAGGCUGGUGAAGGCGCUGAGGGUGGAAGUGCUAAAGUUGAUAUCACAAUUCGCCCACCCAAAACUCGUAGACCUCCAGGAAGACCCAAAAAGAAAGUUCUCCGCAUAGAGAGUUUAAAACGCCCAAAAAGAGUUGUCCAAUGUGGUCGCUGCCAUAUGCUUGGGCAUUCUCAAAAGAAAUGCACACUGCCAAUGUGAUCCAUAGUCAGUUCUCAUUCUUUUUUCACACCCUAAGGGUUUCUCCUUAGUAAUGUAACUUUUACUUGUAUGCAUGAUGUACUUCUUAAGCAAUUUAGUUAGAAGCCUAGGUCUCAGUGGCAUUAGUUUCACAUGUCCUCUUGUUGUGAUCAUUGUACUUGUACAACUCUAGAACAUAGUUGCCUCCUUAAAGUUCUGUCCAGUGGUUUCUCCUGUUUCUAUGAUGUAUCUUAUUUUGGAAUGUGGAUUGCUGCAGAAACACUGAUAAACUAAAAUUUGUGCAAAGUCGUAUAGCCUUAUGUUUUUCACCUAAGAAAAUUGAAGCCCUUGAGGUUUUCAGGUCGGUU